AUAGUUCCGCGAGUUGUGAUAGCUUGUCUUUGUAACAAACAGCAGUGUGUUGACAAAAAUAGAGCAUUCCUCUGAUCCACCUUGCUUUGGUUCGAAUCCCAAGAGCUCGUGGAAUUAUCUUUAAGUCUACAGGCUCAGGAUUCCUAAUGGCCCUCGCCAUCUUCUCUCUUUUGUUCAUAAUCGCAUUACACUGCUGCGAAGGAGAGCCCCAAUGGAGAAAUCUCUCCGAAGUCUCCUAUUACUUCACAACAUGCAAUGGAACUGGAGCGAAUGGCACAUCAUAUCAAACUUGCCUCCAGUACUAUCAAAGUAUUAAUUCUCCCAUUCGGCAACACCUUACGGACGAUUCAGAAACCCUCGGGUUCUUUGGUGGACAAACCUUCACAUUCCCUCGCUCAGGGACUUACAAUGUAACCAUUGCUGGGGCUUCAGGGGGCCGGGGCUUGUGCAACAUUAAGACUUCUAGAGGCGUCAUAUUACAAACUCAAUUAUUGAUAGACACACAAGCGAAUGGGUCUAUACUUGUGCUGGUGGGACAUAAAGGGAUCGGACCCUGCGAUACUAACUCCUCAUACAAGCUCUGUACUGAUCCUCCUACUAAUUUAACUGAAGCCAAUGAGUGUUCUUCAAUGUGGAAUUCCGAGUCUCUUCCUUCGUUAAAGCCAAGAUUAGGGGGAGGAGGAGGAGGAGGAGGAAGCAUGAUAUGGCCUAGAAACGUCUCAAGCAAUCACUACUCCCAGUCUCUUCUUCCAUUCAUUGUAGCAGCUGGUGGAGGAGGCACUUCAUUACAGACCAACUAUGAUGCCAUUUUAACUGCUGUCAAUGGAAACGUAGAGCAGCUGAGAGUUGGUAAUGAAACAAAUGAAGAACUUUAUCAGAGAUUUAUUGACGGAAGACCUUCAUAUACAGACGGUCUUGUAGACUAUAUUGGUGGUACUGGAAUGAGACCAGGAGUUGGAGGGGAAAGCAUGAGCUUUUCCUCUGGAGCUGGCAGUGGGUGGCUUGCCCCUCCAAACAUGAAAGACAUUGAUGGACAACUUUUAAGCCAACGGUUAGUUUUUGCUAGAGGCGGUUUAGACUGUGUCUUGGGUCUUGGGGAUGACAACACUGGUCUGCCCUUUAAGAGGGUCAACGGUGGAUUUGGAGGCGGUGGAGGCAGCUGUGAUUCUGGAGGAGGAGGAGGUGGCUUUGGGGGAGGAGAAGUAUUAAAAUCAAGUCCAGAAAUACCAGGUGGAGGUGGGUACUCACUGAUAACAAUCAACAAUAUGAGAGUUGACAGUACUAGCAGUGGAAUGAACGAUGGCGAUGGAUAUGUUAAUAUCAUACCAGGAGACUGUGGUUGCAUGAAUGGCUGUAGAGUGAAUGGUGAACUCUAUCAGUGUAUUUGUCUUGAUCCAACUAUACUAGCUAACAAUGGGCUGGACUGUAUAUCAACAACUAGUAAUUAUUCCGAUUUUAUAACAACUGAAAGGACUGAUUACAGGCUCACUGUUUCUAAUACUAAUCUUCCUUACUCUCUACUUCAGUUUAAUAAUGUUCUCACACUUUAUGGCGGAGCUGUGACUCUUGAGAGCAAAGAAACGGAAGAGAGAAGAAGGAGAAGGGAAAUGAGAGAUGAACCAAUGUGCUUAAUAGUCUGGCUGAGUGAUACACGCGUCCCAGUCCUUAUCAGUGAUUCAGCUAAUGGAUCUUUACGAGUCAUUACUAACUUAACAAACGGAUCAGUUGGAGAUCCACUCUACACAUUCAGUGAUGGUCUGAUGGUCAGUGGUGGGAUACUAAUAGGAAACUGUACAGUUACUAAUAUUACACUAAGUUCUAGUACCACCGUUGGAGAAACUGUUAACAUUGUUCCAAUGACUGUUAUCAAUAAUUAUAACAACUUCUUUCAAUCGAUUGUCAUGAACGUUCUCCUACCUCAAACAAUAGCUCCACCCUCCUCAAGUCUCUUCCCAUCUCCUUCCAUGGUUUUAUCUACCAUCACUCAAGCUUCUUCCUCCUUCAAUACAGUAUCAAUGACCCCCACUAUGAUCACGGAACCAGCUGGAGGAGAUCUCUUAACAAUGGAUAUCAUUAUAGCUAUUGCAGCUGCUGCUGGUGCCAUCGUGUUUCUUGUUGUGAUCAUUGUAGUUGUAAUUAUCAUCUGUGUUGUGAAAAGAAGAGGCUCUCUUAAAGUAUAUCAGAUUCACAGCAGUCCUGAUGAUGAUAUGAAAAAUCGCAAAAUGCCAAUCACUCCAGAAGAACACCAGCUGGAAAAGUUGAGAUUCAAACUGUCGUCUCUUAAAAGGAACCCUAACUAUGGGGUAGGGUUUUCUGGAGAAGAAGAAAUAGAUUAUAGUGGGAAAGCUAAACUAGCUCCUAAAGAUCUUUCUUCAUCAGACAUUGAAAAUGGGUACACCCCAAUGUCAUUUGAGAGAGGAACAGAAGAAGGUAGCUUUGAAACUUCUAUAGAGCAAAGACCCCAGCCUUACAGACUUAGGAGCCGCUCAGCGCGUCGAAAGACCUUCACUCUAAAACCAAAGUUUGGUGUGAUGUCACCCUCCGUCACUUUUUACGAAUACAACAAAGAGAGGGCUGAUGAUGAUUGGGAACAUGACAGAGCCCAGCUGACGUAUUUAAGGGACAUUGGCGAAGGACAGUUUGGGAAAGUGUUACUGAUGAAAGCAAAAAAUAUUGCUGGAUACAAAGGCAAGCUCCCAGUUGCCGUGAAAACCUUGACAAGUAUCGAAGAGGAAGACGUACAAAAGUUCUUAGAAGAGAUAGAACUAAUGAAGAAAUUCUCAAAUCCUCAUAUUGUCAGCUUAUUAGGGAUUAGUACAGGAGGUUCUGAAGGUGCUCCGUUAAUGAUACUGGAGUAUAUGCCUUACGGGGACCUCCACAACUUCCUACUGAAGCACAAACCAAAGGCAGGGGAACAUGCUAUUAUUGGCAUUUAUCAUCAAAUAAGAUUUGCUGGAGAUAUUGCAAAUGCAAUGGCUUUCCUUGAGAGCAACAAAUAUGUACACAGGGACAUUGCAGCCAGGAACUGCUUAGUGGGACCAAACCUUGAGGUGAAAGUGGCUGAUUUUGGAAUGGCUCGCAUGGUACAGGAGAAAGAAUACUACAAGAUCGCUGGUAGGGCAGUACUGCCUGUCAGGUGGAUGGCACCAGAAUCUCUCAUCUAUGGAUACUUCACAUCUUCGUCUGAUGUCUGGUCGUAUGGAGUAUUGCUUUGGGAGAUUGCGACUUAUGGCACAGUACCAUUAGAAUCAUCUAGCGUUCAAGAGAUAGUGGAGAUGGCUCAGAACAAAACGCUCUAUCAUACUUGGCCAGAGAAGUAUCUCCCAGAAUUGAAAGUAGUCCAAGAGGAAUGUCAUAAAUAUGAAGCAGAAGAAAGGAUUACCUUCGAGAAAAUUGCAGGCCUUCUACCCAACUCACAAACCACCACCUAGCUACAGAAUAUGAUCUCUUAAUAAUAGUUUCAUUGGGAGACUUUUAAUUCUUUUUUAACACACACAUAUAGUAGUACUACACUACACUACAUUGAACCACACAAAAAAAUUAUUAUUAUUAUU